AUGGCUACGGACGUCGAUGAUAGGAGGCACUUCGGCCCGGCGCCCCGCUUCCUGCACAAAGUGUACAUGUUCUUGGAGGAGGAGAGAUACACGGAUAUCAUCUCCUGGUCCGACGACGGCAAGCAGUUCACCGUCCACGACGUGAACAGGUUCACCACGGACGUGAUGCCGGAGCACUUCUCGCACACAAACUUCAGCAGCUUCGUGAGGCAGCUCAACUCCUACGGCUUCCGAAAGGUCGAUCAGGGCAGCUGGAGCUUCGCCAACCCUGGAUUCUUCAAGGGGGGAGCGGAGAACCUCAAGUUCAUCGAGCGCAAAGGACUGGACGGCGGUCGGGGCAGGGGUCGAGGGAAUGCGCAAGGGUACGCGGGUACGGGUGCAUACGGACGCCUCGGCCGGAUGGCGGGCACCCCCGCGCUGGGGUUAAACGUCGGCGGCGGAGCCAUGGACGGGCACCUGCUCCAGGAUAACCGGCAGGAUACCUUCGAGGCGAUCGUAACCCAGCAGCUCCAGCUGUCCAGGAUCGAGAUGGCCAACCUCAUGCACCGGCUCACCUCGGUGGAGAAGGUCCAGGAGCAACUUCUCGGCAUCCUCAUCAACGAACAGACGAUGAUGCUCAACGGCGCCUCCGCCCCCACCGCGGCCAUCCCCAUCCCCGCCACCGCCUCCACCUCUACCUCGCUCCCGGCGUCGGUUUUCUCCGGGCUCACGGGCGCCGCGGCGGCGAUGGCGGUGGGCAGCGGCAUGCACGGGUCGAUCGGGCCGAGCGGGAUCAACAUCAGAGGUGGUAUUUUGCCCGCGCACCUGCAGCAGCACCUGCAGCAGCACCACAUGAAUCAGCAGCACGCGCAGCAACUGCACCUGAAUCAGCAGCAACUGCAGCAACUGCAGCAACUGCAGCAACUGCAGUCGCAGCAGCAGCAGCAGCAGCUCGAUUUGGGCGGUAUCACCAUAAGGGAGGCGCCGUUGAUGCAGAGCCAAAACGCCUCCGCUCUCGCCCCCAAGCCAGAGCCGGCGCCGCCCCCGCCGGUCAACCCCAACGACCCGGCUUCGGAAACCCUGGCGACCAUCUCCGGUCUGUCGAAUCAGCUCGUGGGCGUCAGUCCCAUCCUGGGCCUGGGCCUGGACUCGGCGGGCACGGGACUCGACCCGGGGAGCGGGGGUGGCGGAGGAGCCGGGUUGGCCGGCGGCGGCGGCAGUUUGGCCAACGGCGCGGGGCUCAACCUCGGGGGACUGGGCGCGGGGCUCGCGGCGCAGCCCGGUCUUAUGUAUCCGCGCCAAUAG